CGUCUCGUCAGAUGUGAAUUGUGUAUGAAAAUCUCGAGCAGGAAAUUGAGAAUUAUUUUUUAUCCAGUAUUUUGAGGAUUAGAAAUUAGUCAGAGACUUGCACCAUGGCAAGCACUUCAGUAAAAUUUGUUCGGGAUAUUUUAAAGUAUCUCGUGGAAGCUAAAGGGUUUGAUCGCGUGCUAGAUAAGGUGAAAAUAGUAACUGCUGGUCAGGGGAAAUGUGUAGCAGAAAUGGUUGUCGGUGAAGAACACCAAAAUAAAGGUGGCACCCUGCACGGAGGGUUAACUGCUACAAUUGUUGAUGGAAUAUCAACACUGGCAUUAAUGACCCACGGCAGAGGGGUUCCUGGUGUUUCAGUCGACAUUCACGUCUCGUAUUUGAAAGCAGCAAAAGAGGGAGAAAAAAUCACCAUUGAUGCCAAAACCAAUAAAGCUGGAAGUUCGUUAGCAUUCCUAGAUGUUCAAAUCAAAAACUCUGCUGGAGAAUUAAUUGCUACUGGAACGCACACCAAAUUCAUCGGAGAAAACUUAGGAGUCUUGCCGCAUCCAAUAGAAGAAGUUGAGGAGACUGUCGAGGAGGAAGCAAGCAUGCAGCCCAAGAAAAACGAUAUUUUGCGCGCUCUGAACGAGGAUGAAACUGAGGCGUUGCUGCAGGUGCUGGCCUCUGAUCUCCCCAAUAGCGCCGUGAUUUACUACUGGAUUAAAACACAGAUGGAGUGGGCAAAAAAGCUGCCAGAGAUCAAGGUCAACAUUCUAUGCCCUGAAGAUGGAAUUUUGGACGGCACUGUUGUUGCAUUGGUCGAUAAACUAGCCGAUGGAAUUGUUUUUGGAGCUGUUUAUUCAAUGGAAAAGGAAGGCACCAAACUAAGGACGGCACUGUCUGAGAGCAAAUUAAUUCCUUGGGACCGCUUAUCACACUUCUCUGGUGUGAUUGAGCGGCACAUUCCAAUUUGUGCCGAGGCCAUUCGACAAGUUGGACUGACGCCUGUCGACAAUUUGUAUGUGCCUUGCUACAUGCACUACAUUGCGGCCGAAGACGCGGCCAAAGUGGAGGUUCCAGAAAUUCCACCAAACGUGCGAGUAGGUCCUCUCGACAAAAGUCACGUUGGUAUCGUUUGCAAAUAUUGGCCUCACUACUCGCCUGACUACCUAAACGUGGUUGAGAAAAUGAUCGAGCUUAACCCCUCAUGUGGUGUGUUUGUAAAAAAUGAAGACGGAUCUGAAGAGUUGGCUGCGAUGAUUUUGCAAGCAGAGUAUGGCGGACUUGGUAUUUUGCAAACGGUUCCAGAGCACAGGAGGAAGGGAUAUGCUUUGAUCGCACUGAGACAUCAAACGAGAACCCUUGGCAAAGCAGGAAUUAAUGUUCACUGUCACGUGAUUGUAAAAAACUUCAACUCUAUCGAGCUGUUCAAGAAGAGCGGGCUGAAACCGGUUGAAAUUUCUAACUGGGUUUGCGUGAAACGAAACGCAAACUAAAUAAAUUGCGGGUAAUUUUUCCGUGAUACUGGGUAUUACCAGCUGUGAAAAAUCAAAUUUCCACGACAAAAGCAAAUUUAAAUUGUAUUUUUGUCUGCUAUUCGUAGUUUUACUUAUGACAAUUUUUUGCAAUAACUAAGCGCAAAAAUAGCGAAAGCUGUGAUCUUUGAAAACAUUAAUAAAUAAUUGCUGAUGAUGAAGCUACACAAA